GAGGAAGUAGUGUUUAUCAUGUAGCUCACAGUCGAAGAAGUCGCCUUUGAAGGAUAAGAGGAGUAAGAUUAAAACAGCUGUUGGAGCUCGAGACAUGUCAGGACAUGUUGAAGUUUGAUCUCUGCGCAUCAAUAACCUGCAACUAAAUUACUUCACCAUGGAGGGAACUUCUAAAAGCAGUGCUGCAGGUGAGCCCUCUGUUGCUGCUCAGGUUCCUUUCCUUCACCUGUGCAGUGCCUUGGAGAAAAUCCAGAAGUCAAAACUCCGACCAGAUAAAUCCAAGAUCCUUGGGGAUUUCAUUGAAUCAUGGAGGAAGUUUCAUUCUGUCCUCCACAAGGACAGCCCCAAAACAACAGACUCUUUCUACCCAGCUAUGCGCCUCAUUGUCCCCCCAUUUGAACGAGAGCGUAUGGCAUAUGGCAUCAAAGAGAACAUGUUAGCUAAACUCUACAUCGAUGUAUUAGGUCUCCCAAAGAAUGGCCCAGAGGCCAGUAAACUGUUGAACUACCGUGCCCCAACUACAUCUCAAGGAGAAGCUGGAGACUUUGCUGGCAUGGCGUACUUUGUGCUAAAGAAACGAUGCACCAGUCAAGGAAACCUCAGCAUCAAAGAAGUCAACGAUUUUCUGGACUCGGUGGCGAUCAACAACGCCAGCAAGCAGAAGGAUCUUGUGAAAAAGAGUCUGCUGCACCUCAUCACCCAGAGCUCGGCUCUUGAGCAAAAGUGGCUCAUCAGGAUGAUUCUUAAGGACAUGAAACUCGGGGUCAGCAAAGAAACUGUUCUGCAGGUCUUCCAUCCAGAUGCUGCAGAGCUCUACAAUGUCAACACGGACUUAAACAAGGUCUGCCAGCAGCUCCACAACCCCGCCGUGUCUUUAAGCGACGUCUCAAUUGGACUCUUUUCUGCUUUCAAGCCGAUGCUGGCAGCUGUGGCAAACAUCCGUAAUGUGGAGAAACAGAUGGGAAACAGCCCUUUUUACAUUCAGACCAAGCUGGAUGGAGAGCGUAUACAGCUGCACAAAGACGGGGACGUGUAUAAGUACUUCAGCAGAAAUGCUUUUGACUACACCCAACAGUUUGGAGGAUCCCCACUGGAGGGCUCACUGACGCCUUACAUUCACAAUGUUUUUAAAAGCCACGUUGUAAACUGUAUCCUCGAUGGUGAGAUGAUGGCAUACAACCCGACCACAGAGGUCUUCAUGCAGAAGGGGAGCAAAUUUGACAUCAAGAAACUCAUGGACGAUUCAGAGCUGCAGACGUGCUUUUGCGUGUUUGACGUGUUGUUAGUCAAUGACCAGAAGCUCGGCAAGGAAACUCUGAAGAAGCGCUACGAGACUCUUCAGACAGUUUUCAAUCCAGUCAAAGGGAGGAUACACCUGGUGUCAAAGGUCGAUGCCAGAACCAUGCAGGAGGUGGUGAAUGCCCUCAAUGACGCUAUCGACAGCAGAGAAGAGGGGAUCAUGGUGAAGGAUCCAUUGUCCAUCUACAAACCGGACAAACGCGGGGAGAGUUGGCUGAAAAUAAAGCCAGAAUACGUAGAUGGCUUGAUGGAUGAGCUGGACCUGCUGAUUGUUGGUGGCUACUGGGGGAAAGGGAGACGAGGUGGUAUGAUGUCACAUUUCUUAUGCGCCGUUGCUGAAGCUCCAAAGCCAGGUGAGAAACCCUCAGUUUUCCACACUCUGUGCCGCAUCGGCUCUGGCUACACCAUGAAGGAGCUGUAUGACCUCGGGUUGAAGCUCGCCAAGCACUGGAAAGUCUAUCGGAAAAACGACCCACCGGCAUCCAUCCUGUGUGGAACGGAGAGACCAGAAGUUUAUAUCGAACCCUGCAACUCGGUCAUCAUCCAGGUGCGGGCGGCUGAAAUAGUCGGAAGCGACAUGUACAGAACCAACUGCACCCUGCGCUUUCCCAGGAUCGAGAAGAUCCGCGACGACAAGGAGUGGCACCAGUGCAUGACUCUGGCGGAGCUGGAUGAGUUCCGCAGUAAGGCGUCUGGGAAGCUCGCCUCACGGCACCUUCACAUCGACGGCGAUGAACCACAAAAGAAGAAGCGCAAGCAGCCGGCAAAACCCAAGAAGGUGAUCGGGAUCAUCGACCACUUUAAGCCCCAGGACCUUUCUGGGGUUACCAAGGAGACGGAUAUGUUCGAGGAUGUGGAGUUCUGUAUCCUGAAUGGCACAGAUGAUCACCCUAAGGCGGAGCUGGAGAAGGGCGUGGCCAGAUGUGGAGGUAUCGUGGUUCAAAACCCAGGACGGGACACCUACUGCGUGAUUGCCGGCGUGGAGAACAUGCGUGUGAAGAACCUGGUUUCAUCCAACCAGCACGACGUGGUGUGGGCUGCCUGGCUGCUGGAGUGCCUGGACCAGAAAGACGUGGUCCCAUGGCAACCGCGUCACAUGAUCCACAUGUCCCCCGCCACCAGGGAGCACUUUGCCAAGGAGUACGACAGCUACGGUGACAGCUACUUUGUGGACACGGACGAGCAGCAGCUGCAGGAGGUGUUUGAUCGGAUCAGGGAUGCAGACGUGUCUGCAGCAGUGGACAUCAGCCAGGUGGAGCAGCGGUGCGGCUGGGAGGACCUUCCCACGAGCAUGUUCAGACCCUUCGAGGUUUACAUGGACCGCUACGCUGACAUAGGAGACCCGAAAACCACCAUACCGACCUCCUGUUUGGACAUCAGGGCGCUGGAGUUUCGCUACCAUGGAGGGACGGUGGUGCAGAAGUUAAAAGAAGGAGUGUCUCAUGUUAUCAUCAACGAGGAAACAAGACUCUUGGCAUUAAGGACUCUGAGGCGCAGCUUUAGGAAGAAGUUUAAGAUUGUAAAAGACUCAUGGGUGACUGACUCAAUCAAAGAAGGGUACGUGAUGAAUGACACUGACUACUUAGUCUGAAGCUCUGGUGAUAUACACAAACGUUUACAGUGGAGAGAAAUCCACAUAUUGAAAGCUUUUUAAUGAAUUUCCAAUCAAAUUAGCAAUAAACUAACAAAAAAACAGUCAAAACCACUGGUAAGGGUUAGGUAAGCAAUGUGAUUUCAGACUCCACUACGCAGUACAGGGAUGUUACUUCUCAGGGCUUUCAUGCAAACUUUAUGAGUUUUAUUUUUCUUAAUGAGUGAUUAAGGCUGCACGUUAUUAGUUUUAAGUUAAUAGGCCACUCUUAAUGUCUGGAAGGCGGUGAUUGGUUUUUGAAUUUUCACACUUAGAAUUGCAUUAUGAAGUACUGAGACACUAAAGCUGAUUAAUCUGUUUUUUAGAUAUUGCCCUCCCUUAAACUUUUAACCGAGCAGUUAUUAAUACAUUUUUAGUGAAAAAUUAAGCUGCUUUCAUCCUCUUUGCUGUUCUGUAGUUAGAUAUGAAAUCAUCAUAUAAAAAAUUUCAGUCCACAUUGGGGAAUCUGUGAUGAGAGCGCUGCAAGGGGAUAUUGCACUGUAAUAAUCUAAAAUAGGCCUUUUCUUAUUUUUCAAUUUUAAAGGGGCACUCCAUCAAUGUGGUAUUUUACCAGAAUAAAACUGGGGGGCUUGAAUAGUCGAAAUUGAGGCAGCUGAGGUCGAGAUAUCCUGCCUCUGAGUCCCUUUUUAAUGAUUUAAGCUGCAAAAGAAUUGAAUCCUACAUUUCCCAUAAUGCAACUGAAUAAUGUUUUCUUCACACCUCCCUCACCAUCUAAAUAACCUCUCAGACCUCAAGUCAAGAUGUCCUGACUUAGUCUGAUUUUAUGAGUCAAGCUCCAAAAAAAUCAAAUCCUACAUUUCCCAUAAUGCAACUGGAGAGUUUCUUUGAUUAGACCUCACUUCCCUCUGAAAUUUCUUUUCAAACAGUACACCUGCAUUGUCAAUUUCUGACAAAAUAGAAGCAGCUGAGGUUGAGACAUCCUGAUUUUUGCCAUUUUCUUAUGAUUCAAGAUCCAAAGAAUUAACCCUUGUAACAUCAAUAUGACAUCAUCAGGGUGUUUUGUUUUUAAAAAACUUUCCCUCCAGAGUCACAGAAAACAUUAUGAAAUUGUUUUCUCAGGCUCAGCAGUAUUUUUAGUGAUGAAAAAAAAAUGAAACUUUGUGUGUGGAAUUGGUGGCGGCAAAAAAGUGGGAUUAUUGUGCUCUUUUUGUGAUCGGUGCCUUUUUGUUUUUAAUUUUUCUUAGCUCUAAUAAAUAUCAUUGUUUUAAAGUA